AUGGACACGUCGGGGCACUUCCACGACUCGGGCGUGGGGGACCUGGAGGAGGACCCCCGGUGCCCUUGCCCGUCGUCGGGGGACGAGCGCCCGCCGCCCGCCGCGCUGCCGCCGCUCCAGCACAGCCUGUUGCACUCCUCGCCCGGGUCGCUGCGGGCCCCUCCUCCCGCCGCCCCCGCCGCCCUCCACCCUUCCUCCCGCCACGGCAGCCAGCUCAACCUCAGCGACCACUUGGCCGGUCACUCGCCGGGCUCGGCGGCGGGCGGCGGCGGCAAGCACCGGCAGCCCAGCCCGCUGGUGCACCGGCGGGACAGCAACCCGUUCACCGAGAUCGCCAUGAGCUCCUGCAAGUACAGCGGGGGGGUGAUGAAGCCCCUCAGCCGGCUCAGCGCCUCCCGCAGGAACCUCAUCGAGGCGGAGCCCGAGGCGCAGCCGCUGCAGCUCUUCGGGGCCGGCGGGCCCCCCGAAAUCGUCGUCUCGCGCGAGGACAACCACGCGCCCGCCACGCGGCCCCCCGCCCGCCGAGGCCCCCGCGCCGACCGCCCGCCCGCCCGCCCGGCCCCCGCCGCCUUCGCCAAGGGACCCAAGCGCAAGGCGCAGAACAUCGGCUACCGCCUGGGCCACCGGCGCGCGCUCUUCGAGAAGCGCAAGCGCCUCAGCGACUACGCGCUCAUCUUCGGCAUGUUCGGCAUCGUCGUCAUGGUCAUUGAGACCGAGCUCUCCUGGGGGCUCUACUCCAAGGACUCCAUGUUCUCCCUGGCCCUGAAAUGCCUUAUCAGCCUGUCCACCAUCAUCCUGCUGGGCCUCAUCAUCGCCUACCACACGCGGGAGGUGCAGCUCUUUGUGAUCGACAACGGGGCCGACGACUGGCGGAUAGCGAUGACGUACGAGCGCAUCCUCUACAUCAGCCUGGAGAUGCUGGUUUGUGCCAUACACCCCAUCCCCGGGGAGUACAAAUUUUUCUGGACAGCCCGCCUGGCUUUCUCCUACACGCCUUCUCGGGCAGAGGCGGACGUGGACAUCAUCCUGUCCAUCCCCAUGUUCCUGCGCCUCUACCUGAUCGCCCGGGUGAUGCUGCUGCACAGCAAGCUCUUCACCGACGCCUCGUCGCGCAGCAUCGGAGCACUCAACAAGAUCAACUUCAACACGCGCUUCGUCAUGAAGACCCUCAUGACCAUCUGCCCCGGGACGGUGCUGCUGGUCUUCAGCAUUUCCCUCUGGAUCAUCGCCGCGUGGACGGUCCGGGUGUGCGAGAGGUACCACGACCAGCAGGACGUAACCAGCAACUUCCUGGGGGCCAUGUGGCUCAUCUCCAUCACCUUCCUCUCCAUCGGGUACGGUGACAUGGUCCCGCACACCUACUGCGGGAAGGGGGUCUGCCUCCUCACCGGCAUCAUGGGCGCUGGCUGCACAGCCCUGGUGGUGGCCGUGGUGGCCAGGAAGCUGGAGCUCACCAAAGCGGAGAAGCACGUCCACAACUUCAUGAUGGACACGCAGCUGACCAAGCGGAUCAAGAACGCUGCAGCCAACGUCCUGCGGGAGACGUGGCUCAUCUACAAGCACACCAAGCUGCUGAAAAAGAUUGACCACGCAAAAGUCAGGAAGCACCAGAGGAAGUUCCUACAAGCCAUUCACCAGUUGCGGAGCGUGAAGAUGGAGCAGAGGAAGCUGAGCGACCAGGCCAACACGCUGGUUGACCUUUCAAAGAUGCAGAACGUGAUGUACGACCUCAUCACCGAGCUCAACGACCGCAGCGAGGACCUGGAGAAGCAGAUCGGCAGCCUGGAGUCCAAGCUGGAGCAGCUCAGCGCCAGCUUCAACUCCCUGCCGCUGCUCAUCGCGGACAUGCUGCGCCAGCAGCAGCAGCGCCUGCUCGCUGCCCUCAUCGAGGCGCGGGGGGUCAGCGUGGCGGUGGGCACCCCGCAAACUCCUCUUUCCGAGAGCCCCAUUGGGGUCAGCUCCACCUCCUUCCCCACCCCUUACACUAGCUCAAGCAGCUGCUAAAAAUGCAGAGCGAAGCCUCUCGGCCCUCCACGGACACGGGAAGAGCUGACGCGCGGGUCCUGAGGUCUCAAGGGACUUUCUUCGGGUUUCUCGAAGCGCCGCGGGAACGUUCGGUGCGACCAGCGGUGCCGAGCGGGUGCUCGGAGCUCGCUAACGCCUUGGAAUAGGAAAUCUAAUCCCCGUUUAGGUGCCUCUACACGUGGUGAAGGAAGGGGACGGGAGGCGAAGCCUCUGGCAAGGCCCGUGCUGCAGUGUUCGGUGGAGGACAGAAAUCCACGCUCAAUCUCAGGUCUUCACAUUGAAAACAAAACAAAACAAAAACAAAACCAAGUCGGAAGCACUGAAGCAACGGAGACACCAGAGGAAGAGUAUUCCACUGUGUGGACCCCGGGGCCGGGUGCGAGGCCGGGGCCGCUCGCCCAGGGCGCGCUCCCCUUCCUCCUGCUCUGCUCCCAGCCCCGGCGGGCAGGCGCCCAUCCCGUGGCUUCUUGCACAGGCUCUGACCUAAGAUGUCCACGCUCCAUCCCAUCUCCUUGCCAAGACACGAAUGCACACACGCAUCUCUCGCAUUCCAGGGUAGGUGAUGGUGCCUGACCUGCGUGGGGGUGUUUCUCCGGAGCAGCAAGAGGUUUCUGCUCGGGCAGGACAAGCAGCGGUUCUUCUUCUUGGCGCCCGGAGCUCGGGAAGCAGUGCCUAAAGCAAGCGGGGGAACGCCGCCCCAUUUCGGAGGUGUCCCCACCGUCACCCACCCCGGAGCACCCCUGCGUUUCGGGAGGGCGCCGGGCACGUCCCCAAGCCUGGUGCCAUUCACAGCGGCCCCAGAACUGCCGGGUGCCCAACGCCCCCAGCUGAGCCGAUGGCGCCGAGGUUGGGGGCUCCCUGUAAAGCGGUGUAGUGACGAAGGCGAGUACUGAGAGGGAAGCUUCAUCUGUUUAAAACCAACCCACCUCCCUUGUCCCGCUUCUGCUGGGUUUGGUGGGGAUCAGCAGCACCAUCCAGGGCUGGUUCUGGCUUUUAGCUGGUGCUCAGCUCUCUGACGGACGCUUGGGCAUCACCUGGCUACUUUGGGAAGGAACCGUUUUCUGUUCUGUUUUCACCAUUUCCCCUUUUUCUUAGCUCUUCCCUGCGGUUGUUUUGGGGCUCUGCCUGGUCUUUGCACAGAGCCUUGCCUCCUGCCAGCAGGCUGCAGCUCUGGGAUGGUGUUUGCUGCUUUCAAUGAAAACUCAGCAGAGGAUAUUUAUAUAUUUUUAAACAGAUGAAGUAACCAUGUAAUUACUCCGCGAUAUUAAUUACACAUCACCCGGCAGUGUCAGUAAUUGUAAUCAAAGUCACUGUGUUACGCCAGGUAUACUUAGCCUGUAAUCUUCUCCCGUGUAACUCUUUCACUUCCAUAAAUAACGCCGCAUUUCACGCGCACGUAGGCAGGGCCGUAUCAGCCUGGUGCAGAGGGAUUUCUGUGCAAAACUCCACUUACUGCUGGUGGUAGGUGUUUUACUCCCUGCGCCCUGCAAUUAAAGUUGCAUAGAAAACAAGCGGCGGGUAGCGAGGCGCGCUCCCCCCCGCCAGCUCCAGCCAUCAGCAUGCAGUGGAGGAGGAGGAGGAGGAGGAAGAGGAGGAAGGCUCCUCUGCUGUGGGCUCCGGGGGAGCUGCAAAAUGAGCUCCUGGUGCUGCAGAGGUGGUUGUGUUAAGGCUGUCGGUAGCAUGGUAGCAAGCCAUGGUUGUUCUUGUCGCGUGUUUUGCAUUCAGGGAGGAGAGGAGGUGCACGGAGAUCACUGCCAGCCUUUUCUAUUCCUUGGCCAGCAGCAGAUACUCAGCUUCUGGGAAUGCGCUGCUCUUCCCCUUUUCAAAGAUCUUGUCAUUAGUGUAAUUGUAGGGUGGGCAGGACUGCUGGGAGAGUGUCACUGCCUCGGCAGCAGCCCAAAGUCUAUUCUGAGCCUUGCUGCUGAUCCCCGUGUGCCUACAGGUAACCCUCGUCCACACUUCCCCGGUCCUAAGAUGGGGAUAAAGAAGCUUCCGCCCGUCUUUGCAAGGAGGUUUCAAGCCUGGCAAUGAAGAAAGCCUUGUAAAUUCUAAGAGCGAGCCUAAAAUACAGAAUCUCCACUGGCCGCAGGCAGCCAGCAGAGAAAAACAUUUCCCCGCCUCUUCUGUGGUUUGUGUAGGAACAAACUGCCGUGUACAACAUGUACACGGAGAUGCAGAAAUACAUCGUAGGGCGUUGGAUAGCUGAGGGAAGUAUUGAUGCCUGAGAAUCGAUAUCACCAGCGGGAACCUCCUUACGGGCUAAUCAUCAAGUCUGGGAAAUCAAACUGAGUAAGACGGGAUGAGGAAAUGCCAGCUGGCUAGGACCUGAGGCUGUGAAGGGGAGUGAAAUACCAGCGAUGAAAGCUCGAGUAGUGCAACCAGUGCAGGAGAAGCUCCUCUUUGGGCAGAGCUGCUGCUUGGGCGUGCUGUCACGAGGGGCCAGGAGUGACAGGAGCCAGGCUGGGGAGGUGGCAUCCCGGCUGCAGUGCUGGGUUGUGCCGGGCCACGUGCUGCUGCACGGCUUUGGGGUGCCGGAACUCAUGGCACCACUGCAGCUCCUGGCCCUGCAUCCUCCACGCUGGGCUCUGUGCCCUACGACCUGCAGAUUGCAGCCCCCAGCCCUGCACCCCACACACUGCACCUCCCGUCCUCACCCCCCUGCACAACCCCAAAACCUCCCUGCCCAGCACCUUGCAGCCCUGGGUCUGCACCCUGUGCUUGGCACCUUGCACCCUGCAGCACGUGCACCCUUGAUCCUCCAUCCCGCACCCUUGAUCCCCCAUCCUGCACACUGUGCACCCUGCUUCCUCCAUCCUGCACCCCCCCCCCGUUGGUUCAGCACCGCAUCCCACUGUCAGUCCUGGGGCCAAGUCCCGGUGCCCACCCCGGGCACUGAGCCCACCGGGGCCAGCCCUGGGGCUCCCCCCACCUCACAGCCUCAGCCCCGCCGCUGGGACCGGAGCCGCCCUGAGGCCACGGUGAGGGCUCCUCUCCCCGGCAGGCAGAAGCGGGCAUGGGGCGAGCUCUCCACAACCCCAACCCAAGCACCCCAGCACGGUCUGGUGCCUGGGGUGCGCACCUGGAGCUGUUCCCCCACUCCCUGCAUCUUGGUACGAGCGCUGGCGUCACCUCAGUGCAUGUGGCAGCCACCAACGCACAUGCACUGGGGCGCACGCUCAUGCCCCGGAGCUUCCCUCCCCGGCAGCCGGCUGGCAGGACCACGGUGUGCAGCCUCCCCCAGCCUAUGGCAGGAUGCUCCCCAGUGCUGUUCACACACCUGAGAAAGUUGUUUCGGAGCCUGCAGCCAUGGGCCCGGAGAGGCUGCCCCUCCAACUGCGUCCGGGCAAGCGGAGAGAAGAGCUGGGACCACCGACAGAUGCGGAGGAAAAGCAC